AUGUGUGACAUGGCGGGACUCGAUAACCUGGUGGCCAAUACGGCUUACCUAAAGGCCCAGGGUGGAGAUGACAAAGAAAUGAAAAAACGCCGCCGAAGUUUGUCUCUGCCCAAACCUGAUCAAUGUGCGGCGGUGCGGACCAGCAUCGAAAAGGACUUUGUGAUGAUUUGCGAAAGACAACCGAUUGGCAAGAAGUUCUUCCGUGAUUUUCUAGCCAGUAAACCCGAGUACAAGAACGCUGCUGAUUUCUUAGACGAGCUGUACGACUGGGAUCUGGCCGAAGGGGCUGCGAAAAACAAAGCACGCCAAGAUAUUAUGAAGAAGUACACCAAACCUGACUCCAAGACCUUCCUGUCCUUUUUGACCGGUGACUCAUUGGAGAAGUGUAAAGGUGUGACAGAUUCCAACUUCGAUGAGGUGAUGAAGGGGCCAGUCCAGGACGGCACAAGAGAGUUUUUGAAAGGGAAGCCAUUCACAGAGUAUCAGGCCAGUCCGUUUUUUGACAAGUUCCUCCAGUGGAAAGAAUACGAGAAGCAGCCGAUCAGCGACAAAUACUUCUACGAAUUCAGGACACUGGGAAAAGGUGGAUUUGGAGAGGUAUGUGCUGUUCAGGUGAAAAACACUGGGCAGAUGUACGCCUGCAAGAAGCUAGAGAAAAAGCGUCUGAAGAAGAAAGGUGGUGAAAAGAUGGCUCUGCUGGAGAAGAAGAUCUUGGAGAAGGUCAACAGCCUGUUUCUGGUGAAUCUGGCGUAUGCUUAUGACACCAAGACCCACUUGUGCCUAGUCAUGACGCUGAUGAACGGAGGAGAUCUCAGAUACCACAUUUACAACUUGGGCUACGAUGGCAAAGGCGUGGAUAAGGGCAUUGAGAUGAAGCGUGUGGUCUACUACACAGCACAGAUCACCUGUGGAAUCCUGCAUCUGCAUGAAAUGGAUAUCAUUUACAGAGAUAUGAAGCCUGAGAAUGUCCUGCUCGACAGCCAAGGCCAGUGUCGACUCUCUGAUCUGGGUCUGGCCAUCGAGGUCGCGCCAGGAAAAACCGUCAACCAGAUGGCUGGUACUGGAGCCUACAUGGCCCCUGAGCUGCUGAAUAAGACUGCAUACCGGACCUCGGUGGACUGGUGGGCCCUGGGCUGCAGUAUCUAUGAGAUGGUGGCAGGUUACACUCCAUUCAAAGGCCCUGAGAGCCUGAAAGUGAAAGUGGAGAAGGAGGAAGUGCAGCGCCGCAUCCAGAACGAGGAGCCCAAGUGGGAGCACCGCUGCUUCGACGCUCCGACCAAAGACAUCAUCCAGCAGUUCCUCAAGAAGAAAAUGGAGGAACGAUUGGGCAUCAAGAACAAUAUGGAGGAUCCUCGGAAGCACGAAUGGUUCAAGAGCAUCAACUUCCCUCGUCUGGAGGCCGGCCUCAUCAAUCCACCCUGGGUCCCCAAGCCCAAUGUGGUGUACGCCAAAGAUACAGGAGACAUUGCUGAGUUCUCAGACGUGAAGGGAGUGACCUUUGACAACAAUGAUGAGAAGUUCUUCAAAGAGUUCGGCACCGGCGCCGUGGCCAUCCAGUGGCAGAAGGAGAUGAUUGAGAGUGGACUAUUCGAUGAGCUCAACGACCCCAACAGGAAAGAGGCGCCCGCAGGAGGAGACCCCGAUGGGCAGAAGUCUGGCACCUGUGUAAUGCUGUGA